UCUGUGAAUGCGCGUGGCAGGUUUGGUGUUCCUGACGCAUGUUUUGGUUGACAAAUGCUGCACGAGCGCCUUAAACCAUGGCGAUCCCUAUAGCCAUCUUGGACUGUGAUCUACUCUUACAUGGUCGAGGCCACAAGACCCUGGACCGCUUUGAUCUGGACUCUGUCUCAGACCAUUUCCUCCUCACGCAGUUCGGCUUCCCCAGAGAGUUUAUCCUGUAUCUGGUAGAAUUACUCAGAGAGGCUCUCUGUAGACGUACCCAGCGCUCCAGGGCCAUCAGUCCUGAGGUCCAGGUUUUGGCUGCUUUGGGUUUCUACACAUCUGGCUCAUUCCAGACGUCUAUGGGAGAUACGAUAGGGAUCAGCCAGGCGUCAAUGUCAAGAUGUGUGUCCAAUGUGACCAGAGCCCUGGUGGAGAAAGCUCCCCAGUUCAUCACGUUCAACAGAGAUCCCUCCAGCAGAGAGCAGUCCUUCCAGGAGUUUCAGAGGCUGGCAGGAUUCCCAGGAGUUCUGGGGGUGCUGGACUGUGUUCAGGUCACCAUCAAAGCUCCAAACAACGAAGACUCGUCAUAUGUAAACAAGAAGGGGUUUCACUCUGUGGGCUGUCAGCUGGUCUGUGAUGCCAGAGGGUUGUUACUCAGCGCAGAAACCCACUGGCCGGGUGGACUCAAAGACACCGAAGUUCUAGAAACAUCUGCUCUGUACAAACAGCUGCAGGACAUAGAGGAGGGCUGGCUGCUGGGCGACCGCCGUUACCCUCUAAGGAAGUGGUUGAUGACCCCAGUCGACUGCCCAGAAUCCCCUGCAGAGUUUCGGUAUAAUGUGGCCCACAUUGCUACACAUGAGAUAGUGGAUAGAACCUUCAGAGCCAUCCAGACCAGAUUCAGAUGUUUGGACGGUACCAAAGGAUACCUGCAGUAUUCUCCCGAGAGGAGUUCGUCCAUCCUGCUGGCUUGCUGCGUCCUCCACAACGCCUCCCUGCAGUCCGGAUUAGACGCCUGGACUCUGGAGAGAACGGACCCUCUGGAGCAGCCCGAGAGCCUCGAGCAGAGGCCAGAGGACCGCGACAGCCAGGCAGAGGACCUCCGGAAACAGCUCAUACUUAAACACUUCAGCUGAACCUGCUGGCUGGACUCUGGAGUUCACGUCGAAGUCAAAGGGGGACCAAGACUAAUAAGAGUGGGACCAGAACAGAUUAAUGGCAUAAAGGUCACAUUAAAAUGAACACAGACACAGUGUUGCUGAUGCAGUUUUUUAAUAUUUUGCUGGUUUCUACUCUACUGACUACACUAAGAUAACAUAGUUGUAUAUGGAGGAACAUGCAAGACGCUAUACAACAAACCAGGACAACAUUAUACCCAAACACAUUUCAAAUAGUUCAUUCCGGUGUUUUACAACUAUUGGAACUGUGUGCAGCUGCUGUGUUAUCGAGGUUUCUUUACAAGUGGAAAAAGUCCCCCUCCCUCCCUCCCUGUUUUUAAUCCCUCCCCCAUAAAUCCACUGAUUUUUUCCCCAUUUUUUUCCUUUCCCACGUUGAUUCCACAGGUUAAAAUCUUGUCACAAUACAAAAACAAGGCCCUUAUUUACAACAACUGCACAUUAGGUUGUCAUUAUAUGUACACUGGUGCAUUAAGACUGUUGAGGGUGAGAAUGACAGGAUGAUUGUGCAACGGGCUGCAGUCACGCGAUGUUUUUGUGUAGCAUGAGGGACACAAAAUGAAACGAAGACAAGUUAGACGAUCUGUGUUAACUGUAAAAUAGGAUUUCUGAGUGUUUUAGAAGUCAGAACUCUUAUUGUAUCCUCGAGGAUUUGGGCUGGGACAGUGAAAUGUCUGUUUUUUAACGGCCUUUAAUUUGAAGGAAUACCAUGACAUUUCAAAAUAGUUUCUGGGGAGCAUGGUUGUUUUUUUUCUCGCAUUGUCUGAAUAGUGGUGAAGAAAUAAAACAGUUUUUGUAAAUGUC